AAGUAUGGCAAAAAAUACAAAUUCAUAAAAGAAAUUGAAGAAAACCCAAAAGAACUAACUACCAAUAAAUUGAAAGAAUCAUCUGUUCAAUUUAACUACACUUUUAGAAUGAAUGAAAAUUGUGUCCAAAGAGAUAACAAAGAUGAUCCAGUUUCUGCAACAAUUAAUAGUGACAAAUCAGAAGUACAAAGUUGGGCUACCACCAAAAUUAUUUACACUGAAAUAAAUAUUAAAUUAAAUAAAAAUGCAGAUGAAAAAGAGAAUUAUAUAACCUACAAUGAUAUAAAUUACACUAUUGAAGAAUUUCUCCAUUAUAUGAAAUAUAACAUCAAUCUUGCGAGUGUUUCUUUUUUCCUUGAACACAAUAAUAUCCUUUUUGAAAAUCGAACUAAUCAUAGUUCAAAUUCUUCUGGAGAUUAUCUAAAAGAAGAUGCAUCACUUUACUUUAGGCAAAAGAUAGAUACAACAUGGGGUCUUUUGGAUUUCCUUCAAUUUAGAAAAAAACAAAAUUCAUGGACAAAAAACAAAGUUAAAGAAUUAGAGCUAUUCAAGCAAUGCCUUUUAGCUGAAACCACAAAUAUGAACUCAGCUAUUGAAAAAUUUAUGCUUAAAAAAUAUAAUAAUGAAAAAAAUGGACCGCACAUAAAGGGCAUUUUUGAAGAACAUCCGACAAUUAAACUUUUUAACAAUGAAAAGUCUCAAAAUUUUAAGUUGCUUGUGUCUGCAAAUUAUGGUACAAGACAAUGGGUACUCGAAUCAGGAAUCAUUUACUUACCUUCAUUACCAUGGCUUAAUGAGCUUCUCUCGACAAAAGAUGCCAUAGAGUUGAAAAAUAAUCCAAGUUUCGCACACCAACUACAUGAUAAUUGGUGGUCACUUUAUUUCGAUAAAAUUCAAGCAAAAAAUAAGGACCUUAUAUUUAAAGAUCAAGAUCCAUUCUCAAUCUUCUGUCAAAGAAUGUGUUUGCACUUGUAA